AUGGCAAUGCGUAAUUCACCAUGUCAGUCUACAGGCUACUCUCCACAUUACCUUCUUUUUGGCAAGGAAAUGCAUCUUCCAUUUGAUACCUCUCUUCUUCCCAAAUCAACCUUGGGCAAAGACGCUAAAACUCAUAUCACUGCCCUCAUUGACAAUCUCAAAGUAGUCAAGGCUAUUGCAAAAGACAACAUGGCUAAAAGCCAAACAGUCAACAAAGAUCACCAAGAUCUAAAAGCACAAAAGCCGACAUUUUCCGUGGGUGACCAGGUGCUCCUUUUCAAUCAGAAAAAGACCAUAGGUCGCUCACCGAAACUGACACACAAAUGGGAAGGUCCGUUCUAUCUGGGGAACACUGCUCGUUUGGCUAAUGAUGAUAUUCUCGACUCCAGUUCUUGCAGUGAAACUGGUUCAACGACUGAACUAUGGAAUAAUUUUCAAGCCUUCUCCAUCUGUCCAUCUAGCAACUGA